UCGCCAGAAGCGUCUUGGAUAACCUUAAGGUCUAUUUUAGACCUCAUGAGUGGAGCAAAAAGUAUUUUUGCGGCUGGCACUGCCAUUAACUAAUGGCUAAUGCAGCAGCCCUGAAGUAGAGGAGUCAAACUAACUGUCGGAAAGUCCAGGCACUUUCUUUGAACUAAAUGCUCAUGUGUGGCAACCAAUAAAGUCGCAGAGAAAGCUUUCCUGAAAGAAAACUGUUAUUUCCCGAUAAUUUGAAGGGGAAGUCAGAGAGAAGGGUGAAUGUCUUGCAACAAGGAAGAGGAGCUAUCAGCAUGGAUGAAUUGAUCGCCCCACAGCAGUGUGGUAAAGGAUGGUACUUGGCUCUCAUGGCCCCCAAUAUCAAGGGCCCAGCCUACGCCUGGCUCGACCCAUCCAGGCUCUAUUGCAACCAACAGGCCCUUCAGGACUGCGUCGAAGACUUGAUCCAUCCAUUCCAAAAUGACGCCAUAGACCUCGUAGCCGGGAUAGAUGCAAUGGGUUUUGUACUGGGCGCGGCCAUCGCUCACCACCUCGGGACGGGGUUUCUAGCGUUGCGGAAGGAAGGUCACCUCUGUGUGGCCACCAGGAGCACGGCCUACUCUGACUACACCGGGCGGCAGAAGGUGCUGGAGAUUCGUCAGGAUGUGAUUAGAGCAGGUUUGCGAGUCCUGCUGGUGGAUCAAUGGGUGGAGACUGGAGGAACGAUGAAGGCGGCAGUAAAACUCAUUGAACAAGAAGGUGGAACAGUAGCAGGUAUCGCUGCGAUUUGCAUUGAGGACACGUCGGGAGGAAGGCAGAUCAAAGAGCAAUACAAAUGUUCAACCUGUGUCCCCGACUUCCUGCAGCCACAGUUUAACAACAAAUACUUAGAGAGCUUCAAAGCCUUUGCGACUUAGUCAGAUUCAGAUUCAGAUUCAGAUUCAAUUUUAAUUGUCAUUGUCAGUGUACAGUACAGAGACAACGAAAUGCAUUUAGCAUCUCCCUUGAAGAGCGACAUAGCAAACGAUUUGAAUAAAAAAAAAUAAUAAUAAGUGUCCGGGGGGGGGGGGGGUGAUUGGCAGUCACCAGUGCAAUAAACACUACGUGAACAAUCCCUUGCUUCUCAAUGUCUCUCUUUUAUUGAUCUGGACUGAAGAGACAAAAGGUCAUAGAACCAAACUUGCCCACACCCACCAACAUGUCCCAUCUGUAUUCCCACCUGCCUGGGAGUAGGCCAUUCGGCCCUUCGGGCCAGUAGGUAUGCGCUGAAUGGCCUACUCUUGCACCUGUUGUCUAUUGGAUAGAAUUGGGUUUAGAGGGAUAUGGGCAAACACAGGCAGGAGGGACUAGUGUAGAUGGGACAUGUUGGUGACCUUUAGAGAUACAGCGUGGAAACUAUGGUCAAUUUUUACAUUUACACCAAGCCAAUCAACCAACAAACCUGUACGUCUUUGGAGUGUGGGAGGAAAGCUAAGAUCGUGGAGAAAACCCACGCAGGUCACGGGAAGAACGGGCAAACUCCUUACAGACAGCACCCGUAGUCGGGAUCGAACCCGGGUCUCUGGUGCUGCAUUCGCUGUAAGGCAGCGACUCUACUGCUGCGCCACCGUGCCGCCCUGUUUAAAUGUUUCUCAAACGUUGCAUUAAUGCAUUUAAUCCUCAGGAAGUGAAUUUUUUAAUGCAUAGGUGACAGAUAUUUGAGAAAAGGUUCAUUAUUUCUUGGGCUGUGCUGGAGAACGAGAGACUUUGUUAAUCUUUUAUUGGAACGUAGAACAAAUAGUACAGCACAGGAACAGGCCAUUCGGCCCACAAUGUCCGUGCUGAACAUGAUUCCAAGAUCCAUAAUCGAUACGUGGGCGGAACGGUGGCUCAGCGGUAGAGUCGCUGCCUUAGGGGCCUGUCCCACUUAGGCGACUCUUCAGCAGACUGCCGGUGAUCUUCAAACUCACGGCACUCGCCCGAACAACCGCGAUCUGGAACGGGGACUGUCAGAGUGGAACACGCACACGCACACGCACACACACACACACACGCACACACACACACACACACACACACGCACACACGCACACACACACACACACACACACACACACACACACAGACACACACACACACACACAGACACACACACACACACACACACACACACACACACACACACACACACACACACACACACACACACACACACACACACACACACACACACACAGACACACACGCACACACACA